GGCUCCCGGCCGCUCACUCUGUCUCUUUCCUGUUUCAGACUUGGGCUUUGACCUGAGCGACGCCCUCGAUGGCGCCAAGCACGCCACCCCAGCGCCCAAGAAGCCCGCAGGGGGCGAUGACUUCGACUUAAGCGAUGCGCUUGGCGGCGGAGACCCGGCCCCGCCCAGGCAGCCCGAGCCCCGCCCGGACCCGAAGCCCCGGCCGCCGGGAUCCGCGGGGGGCUUCUCGGACUCUGACCUGGCGGACGCGGCUGGUGGCGACGGAGGCCGAGGUGCGCCUGGUGGCAGCAGCCCCCGGAACGACGGAGAAGCCGCGGACGAGCAGCCCCAGGGCGUGGUUCCCGGGAUCGUGGGCGCCGUGGUGGUGGCCGUGGCCGGGGCGAUUUCCAGCUUCAUCGCCUACCAGAAGAAGAAACUGUGCUUCAAAGAGAACCCCGAGCAGGGCGAAGUCAACCUGGAAAACGGCCCGAGCACCAGCAGGGAGCCGCCGGUGCAGCAGACGCUCCUGGAGCGGUAGAGCCCGGCGAGGCCCCCCCGGCACGCAGCUGCCGCCUGCCUCAGUUUCCCCAGCAGCCACGCCGGCGCGAUGCGGACGCGGAAGCCCCGAGGGCGCUCUGCCCGUGCAGACCGGCACAGCGAAGCCGACCCCGGCUGCACCCCGACCCCCGCCCGGGCCCCCCGUUCUGCAGGCCGUCCGGGCGCCCCCUGCACGGCCCAGGUCGACCCUCGGUGACCCCUCGGGGUGCUCCCGAGUGCUCCCCUUCUGCACAUCCAGCCCCGUGCGGAUCAUUUUUCAACGCAGUAUUUGAAGGUUGGGGCCGGGACGUGGCUCGGUGGACUAAGUGCUUCCCUGGCGAGCGCACGGGCCUGAGUUCAAU